AUGUCGAUGAGCUCCGGUCAGAUGUGGUGGCACAAGAUCGGCCAGCAAGAAGCCCACUUCAUCAUGUUCGAGGAGACGGACAUUGUAGCCACCGUCAAGGAGAAAUUCAUCUCCAAGAGUCCCAGCCUGCAAAGCCUGGAUCCCGGCCAAAUCAUCAUCAGAAAAGCGUCUGGAGAGGAAUUGUUGGUGGACUCCAAGAUAUCCCAGCUCGUCAUUCAAGGCGUUGGAAAAGAACCUGAGAUCGCUGUGCUGGUCAAUGGGGAGACGUCAAGUGCCGCAGGUGUAGCCACUCAUCCAGAAGUUGCGCCAACCGCAGCAGCCAUGCGAUUGUCCCUUUGCGAGGAAGCCUUGGGGCAGGUGCAACCAUGGCAGCGCAUCCGGUGCAGAAUCCCAUACAGGUCCACUGAUGCUGGCAUCAAGUCGCGCUUGGCUGACCACAUCCGACAAUAUACGCUUGGCACCUUGGGUGGAACGGUGCAGCGAAGAGAGGAUGCGACUGUGGUGACCAUUGUAGGCACUUGCCAAAAUAUACGCGCUGUUUUGCAGUGGAUGGAGCAGACGAUGCGCUACCCAAGAGGUGAGAUCCGGAAGAGUCUCAUCGUUGCCGAUGAAGGAACCAGUGUUUCAUCACUGUCAGAUGCACUCAGACCCUUACCGACAGGCUCGCUGAGAUUG